AUGGAAGCAAGAAACACACAAGAGAUUGAGGAAGCUAGCUCUAUACCUAGCAAUGAGGAAGAGAAGAAGUCAUCUAGUCCAGCAGAGGAGACCGCAAAGUCGAUAGACGAACCUUACUGUUCGCUUUCUUUCAAAAGGAAAGCCAUCAUAAUAGGCGUUGUCACGGUGACAGGGUGUUUGGGCCCAAUUUCAGGAAAUAUAUACGUGCCAAUUUUGCCUCGAUUGCAGGAUGUGUUUCAAGUUUCAAGAACCGCAAUGAAUGGAACAAUAUCGGUUUUCAUGGGGGUAUUCGCAUUUGCACCAUUGAUUUGGGCAUCUUGGGCCGAUUACGGCGGAAGGAAAUCGUUGUACCUUGGCCCACUCCUUUUUUUUAUAGUUGCAAAUAUCUUGCUAGCUACAGUGCCUGCGAAUAUCGGAGCUCUUUACGUUCUACGCAUAGUCCAAGCCGUGGGAGCAAGUAGCGUUAUGUCGGUUGGUGCUGGUACAAUUGCCGAUGUAAUUGAACCAAAAAAUAGGGCCAAAGCCAUCUCAAUUUUCAUGUGGGGACCACAAUUGGGGCCUGUGUUUGGUCCGCUAUUAUCAAUGAUAUCAACAGCUUCAUGGAGGUGGAUAUUUGGCUUUUUGGCGAUUUUCGGCUUUGUGGUUUAUCUCUGUAUACUAUUCCUCCUUCCAGAAACUUUACGGUACUUGGUUGGUGAUUGUUCUUGCUACCUGGAUGGCAUAUUCGUUAAGCCCCGAUUAUUUCAGAGAAAAGUGGUUGAGGGUUAUCCACGCCCACCGAAACCUAGUAUUAAAAAUUAUUACCAUUUGAUUAAAUUUAAACCAGUGCUUUUAUGCUCAAUCAACUCGGGUAUGCUUUUUGCUAGUUUUUAUGGAGUAAUGGUUACUUUUUCACAUAUUUUGCAAGACCACUACUCUUUCAAUGAUGUGCAAACUAGUCUUAGCUAUUUAUGCCCUGGUUGUGCUUUGAUCAUUGGCCUGACAAUAGGAGGUUGGCUAUCGGAUAAGCUACGCGGGAGGAUUAUUGCUCAAUCACGGAUCUAUGUUCCUGAAAAUCGAUUCUCCAUUCAAGUUGCGGGCUUGUUUUUAUCCAUGACUGGGCUAAUUGGCUACGCGUGGACUGUUGAUAAACAUGCGCCAGUUUGGUCGAUUUUCAUAUUCACUUUUUUGAGUGGGUUCGGAAUGACUUGGGUGUUUGUGGCGACAACUACAUAUUUAACUGAAUGCCUGACUACACAACCCAGCGCAAACGUCGCAAUUGGUAACUUGAUGAGAAAUAUUGCAGCGGCAAUUUGUACAGCAAUAAUUGAUAUUUUGAUUAAAAAAAUGGGGUUUGGCUGGUGUAUGACUGGUCUAGGACUCUUGAACUUAAUUGGUAUUGGUUUCGUUAUCAUUUUGUUGAAAAAGGGGCCCCGAUGGAGAAGAGAGUAUUUACAGGAGUGA